AGCAGCUGAGAAUAGCACUGGCUUCUCGCUAAUAGCAGAAAAGAUCCAUGUUUUCGAGCAUGUAGAUGUUCCCUUCUAUCAUUACAAGACAAUGGUGAAAUCAAGCUUGAUAAUUAGCUCCAUUAUACUAACGAUUGUCAACUGCCAAGAUGACUACUUAGACCCUUACAACACAGAUCCAGAGCCUGUUAUUAAAGUGGGAGCAUUGUUUGAGAAAGAUGACAUAGCUAGCAUAAAAGCAUUUAAUCAUGCCAUUGAAAUGGUCAAUUUAGAUAAAGCUCCUACAUCACCUCGUUUUGAGCCCAUUUUGAGUGAAGUGGAUCUGUAUGACAGUUAUCAAGUUGGAGGCGAAGUUUGCAAAUUGAUGGCUGAGGGAGUUGCAGCGAUAUUUGGUCCACAGUCACCUUAUACAUGGAAUCAUGUGCAGUCCCAGUGCGAUAACAAAGAGAUGCCUCACAUCGCAUCAAAUAGGUGGGAUCCACAGAAGAGUCCUGGUUCUUGUUUACUCAAUCUCUAUCCACAUCCAGAAGUUCUAGCACAGGCAAUAGAAGAUAUAGUACGAGCAUGGAACUGGAAGGGUUUCACAGUUGUAUAUGAUGAUUUUUACAGUCUAAAAAAAAUUGGAAACCUUUUGAAAAUGGCAGAUGACAAAGGGUUUGUUGUAACCGUUAGGCAGCUCGAAGGCGAAGAUGGAAACUUCAGGAAGAUACUACAAGGAAUAAAACACUCAGGAGAGAAGAAUAUUGUUUUCCAGUGCUCAGUUGACAUUUUGUAUGAAGUGUUGCUUCAGUCACAGCAAGUCGGACUUGUUGGAUCAGAAUACAAUUAUAUUAUAACAUCUCUGGAUUUUCAAUACAUCGAUCUCGAGCCUUUUAAAUGGUCUGGCACUAACAUGACUGGAAUUCGUAUUGUUAAACCUACGACUGAUUAUUUCAAAAAAGUCGUCGCUCCUUGGUUUUCUGAAGAAAAUGGAGAUGGAACAGAUGAAGAAGAAGGAGAUAAUUAUGACAUGCUUGAUGAUCAGCACAUGCGUAGAAAACGUUUCCAGAACACUGGUUAUGGUGAUAUUUCUGAUCCAGAAAUUGCAAAUGAAGAAGAUCAGUUAGAAGGGGAAGCUAAAGAAGCUGAUGAAGAUGGAGACAAUCAACCAGAAGAAGAAACUCCAGAAGAACCAAUAAAAAUCCCGAUGACACAAACAGCUUUGAUUCAUGAUGGUGUGCAGCUAUUUGCAAAAGCUAUUGAAAACUUAGGUAUGCAGGUUUCACCAAGAUCAAUUGAUUGUGAUCAGAGCAGGGCAUGGGAGCAUGGGUAUAGCGUUAGAAACUACAUGAAGAUGAGUGAAUACGAAGGUUUGAGCGGUCUCAUUAAAUUCGACUAUCAAGGUUUUAGAACAGACAUUGAACUGGAAAUCAUUGAACUGACAGAAGAAGGCCUAAUUGCUAAAGGAAUAUGGAAUACAACAACUGGGCUCAACGUGCAUUAUCCCGAGGGUAAAAAUGGGCAAACGGAUGUUGGCGAAGAUUUAAGAAACACAACUUUUAUUGUCCUGAUAGCUUUGACACACCCUUAUGGGAUGCUGAAAGAAGCCAGCAAACCGUUAUCAGGCAAUGAUCGUUUUGAAGGGUUUGGAAUUGACCUUAUACACGAGUUGUCUUUGAUGAGUGGAUUUAAUUACACGUUUGUUGUCAGAGAGGACAAAAGCAGUGGAAAUCCUCUGAAAUCAGGAAAAUGGACUGGUAUGAUUGGUGAUGUAUUGGAUGGGAGAGCAGAUCUUGCCAUAGCAGAUAUCACGAUCACUAGGGAAAGAGAGCGUGAUGCGGAUUUUACAAUGCCAUUUAUGAAUUUAGGAAUCAGUAUUCUUUACAAAAAACCAAAGAAAGCACCACCUAGUACAUUUUCUUUCCUUUCUCCAUUCAGUGCUGAAGUGUGGGCUUACAUGCUCUCGGCAUAUUUUGGUGUGUCCUUGUUGCUAUUUGUUAUAGGAAGGGUAAGUCCUUAUGAAUGGACAAAUAAAUAUCCUUGUAUCGAAGACCCAAAAGAGCUUGAAAAUCAAUUCACAUUGCUAAACUCCUACUGGUUUACAAUUGGUUCUCUUAUGCAACAAGGUUCUGAUCUUGCACCAAUAGCAGUUUCGACAAGAAUGGUAGCAGCAAUUUGGUGGUUUUUCACGCUUAUAAUGGUCUCAUCAUACACGGCCAACCUAGCUGCGUUUCUCACUGUAGAAGUUACUGUAUCUCCUUUUCUUAAUGUUGAUGGUCUUGCUAAUCAAAAGACCAUCAAAUAUGGAGCAAAAGCAGGAGGAGCAACUGCCAACUUUUUUAGAGAUUCGAAUUUGACCUUGUACCAGCAAAUGUGGAAAUACAUGGAGUCAAAUAGCGAUGUGAUGAUGCCGACAAAUGAGGCUGGGGUGAGAAGGGUGAUGGAAAAUGAUGAUUAUGCGUUUCUUAUGGAAUCGACAAGUAUAGAAUAUGAAGUUGAAAGAAAAUGUGAACUUCACCAAAUAGGAGGGCUUCUUGACAAUAAAGGAUAUGGGAUUGUGAUGAGACAAAACUCUUCGUACAGAAAUGUACUCAGUAGAAAUGUAGUGAAACUUCAGGAAAAGGGAAAAUUAACACAACUAAAGAACAAAUGGUGGAGAGAAAAGCGAGGAGGUGGUGCUUGUGCAGUGAAAUCAGAAGGGGGUGCAGCUAGUGAGCUAGGCUUGGCUAAUGUCGGUGGAGUAUUUUUAGUACUUCUCGCCGGUUGCAUACUUUCAAUAUUCUUUGCAUUGGCUGAGCUCUCUUGGGACAUAAUCAGCCGUGAUGACAAGAUUUCAUUCAUAGACGAGUUCAAGAAAGAGCUCAAGUUUAUUUCUAAAUGUCAUGGCACAACAAAGCCGGUCAUAAAGAAUUCUAAAACUGAUGACAGUGGCAGUGAUACAUCAAAAGGAACAGAAGAAGAUUUGGAAUUAGACUAAGAUUUAAAACUUUCAUAAUUUCUAUUAAGAUUUAAAAUGUGCAUUUAAUUGACUAAUAAACUUAUCAAAUCAUUACAAUUGUUAAUUUGUUAGCACAUGGUACUUUUAUUGCUAUUAAACUUGAGAUUUUAUAAUUUACUUCUUCCAUUUUUGAAUUAG